GCAGCGCGCGCCCGCCGCCCGGCCAGUCGGGACUCACACCGCGCCGUUGCAACACGCCUUCCCCCUCUAGCCACAAGCCGCGAGACCGCGACCGUCUCUUAUCUCUUAUCAUUACAAAAAUGAUACAUCAAAUUACCUCACUAGUACACAGAUAAAGAACACUUCAGCCGUGAUAAUAACACUUCCAGUGCGAAUUUAAUUCGUUUAUGACAUUUUCUCGUGAAAUAACGUAUUAUUUUGGUGUUUAAUUCAGGAAUGAAGUAGACACUUGUAUUCAGAGUAGUAACGUAUUGCAGAAGCAGUAGUUUGUGAGAUUUGUGAAAAUGAUGUUAGUAUCGGUAGUGGUGACUGCACUCUUGGUGUUGAGGGGUAUCGAGGGUACUCCCUGCACCAGGGUGCGGAGUGUGGACAUAACGAAUGGAGUGAAGCAUCCCAACUCUUCAGUGACAUAUGAAGGGGUGGAAUAUAAAGUGGGAACUUGGUAUGAGCUCGAAGAGAAUGGGACGACGCUGGUGCUGGGUUGUCCCUGUAUCGGACGGAUAUGCAUACACAGAUGUUGCAGCCAGGGUAGUGCAUAUUACAACUGGAGUUGUACUGAAACAAACUCGAGUGCAAUAAACCCUUUCAGUCCACCUGUGUACAAUGGAAAGGUGAAGUCGAGCGUGGUUGCGCACGAGCAGUUCUUCUACUUGUACUCGCGUCCCUGUAGUGACAGCUACGCGGUCGACUCCGGCACACCGGGCGAGGAGCUUUACAUUCAAGAGAAUGGCACACUAUAUGAGGUGUCUUCAGGUGGCCAGAUUUGGCACGAACCUACCUCCUACUGCGUGGAGAUGGCGUUCAACCAAGACUUUGCUGAGCCACGCCUGCUGGCUGGUGUAUGCUUCGAUGACGUCGUCACUGAUGACAGUCCUAUCCUCUACACUGCGUAUGCUAUCGGUUUAAUCCUCUCAGUUCCAUUUCUUCUGGCAACAUUCCUGAUCUACGCUUUCAUUCCGGAACUGAGGAACUUGCACGGUAUGUGCCUGAUGGCGUACUGCGGUGGUUUGAUCGUGGCCUACCCGUUCCUGGCUUAUCUGAAGCUCCAUGUUGGGACGGUGGGCGUCGAGAUGACUGGCUGUCUGGUUGUUGCGUUCGUCGUUUACUACGCAUUCCAAACUUCAUUCUUCUGGCUAAACGUCAUGUGCUUCGAUAUUUGGAGGACUUUCAGACGAGGCGGUUUUAUACGAAUACUGUCGUUCAAUUACAGAGUAGAGGUCAGUCAACUUAGUUAUAAAGGAAGUUUAAAAUCAGCAGAAGUUGGGAGUUUAGCUCAACAAUCGCAAAGUGGCUAUCGAGGUGGCAGCACCAAUAAGAGAAGAGAACGAAGGAGGUUUCUGUUAUACGGCCUCUAUGCUUGGGGCGUGCCUCUCAUCCUCACUGGCAUCACAGCCGGCAUGCAGUUUGGAGACCUCCCCGCUCAUAUCAUCAAACCCGGAUUUGGAACGAAGAGAUGCUGGUUUAUUGACUGGGUGAGUGACCUGGUAUACUUCUUCAUUCCUGUGCUGAUACUGGUGGUAUGCAACGUGGUAUUCUUCUCCGUGACUGCGCACCGCAUUCGUUCCAUUAGACAAGAGACUGCCAUCUUGAAAGGCGCGGAGUCCUCGCGAAGUGACAAGCUUAAGAAAGACAAACAAAGAUACGGCCUCUACCUGAAGCUGUUCAUGGUGAUGGGAGUGAACUGGACGGUGGAACUCCUGAGCUUUGCGAUCGGAGGCUCCAACUGGUACUGGAUCAUCACCGACAUAUCAAACAUCGGACUCGGUAUAUUCGUCUUCCUAAUAUUCGUAUGGAAGAAGAAAGUACGCAACUUGGUACAAAAGAGAUUCCGCAGCAUCUUCGGGCUGCCCACGACGGAGCUCGACCAGCGCACGGGCAAGUGGAACACGACCAGCACUGCGCCCACAGAAGACACGCGCAUCUCUACCGACGAUUCUGCUAUUCGACUAAAAGAUAUGCACUAAUCAUUUAGAUUCAUAAACAUGACAAGCACCAAAGAAUUCUCAUGAACACUCGGAUGCAUCACAUUCAUAAAACCGCUAGUCAACACAUUUAAAAAUUAAGUUACGGCGUAGUUAAGCGCUUUAGUUGAAAUUAUAUAAAUGUGUUAUUAUCUUUAGCUUAAGGUUAGAUAAUUCAUUUAAUGGUUCGCAUAUUUUUAGUUUUAAGUUUUAGAGUAAACAGGGGCUUCUUAAUUUAUAGAUAGGGUUGCGCCGAAGAGUCACUCGCAUAAAAAAACUCUUGUGCAAAAGUCAUCAAUCGCACGCACCUUUUUGUAGUACCUACGCACUUCACAGCUGUUUAUUAUGUACGAAGGUUCUAGAGUAUUUUUGGCACCCGAGGCCCAGGCGCUACCUGGGCUAAAGAUGCCCCUUAUACAGCCAUA